CGGUCUUCCUCCCACUCACAAUCACCGUGUUAACAGUUCAAUCCACUUCCUGCUGUGGAGCGGAGCUCGUCGGACCAGUUCUCGGAGAAUGUGUGCGCGUGAAUGACUGGAAGAAGACUUGUGUUGUGUGUGAUGCAGGUUACACCAACAGCUCGGGACUAAAUUUAACUUAUCUCACAGCAGCUCUACAGCUGGUUGAUAGAACUGAAGCCACAGUCGACAGGACUGACAGAGGAGCAACAUAAUAACGCGACUCCGCCAGCCCAUUAAACUGAGAUUAGAGCAGUAAACCCAGACUGGACAGGACAGGCUGCUAUUGUUGUGGGACAGAGGAGUGCCAGGAAUUACAGGGAGCACUUUGUCCGAAAAAUGCUCAGUCUCUGAGUCUGCAGAUGUGAGGCUUCUGGAUCGGGACCAUGUUCUCGUCUGCCACCCCGUACAAAAACCAGCACUAUGCUGAGCUGAAGAGGACCUGCAUCAGCCACAAGACGCUGUUCGAAGACCCAGAAUUUCCUGCCAACAAUUCCUCCAUCUAUUUCAGGAAGCCUCCUCCUGGUACUGUGGUGUGGAAGCGCCCGGGGGAAAUAACCAACGAGCCCCAUCUGUUUGUGGAGGGCAUCAGCUCCAAUGACCUGAACCAAGGCGUUGUGGGAAACUGCUGGUUUGUUGCUGCCUGCGCCUGUUUGGCUCUGAAGCCAAACCUCUGGAAGAAGGUAAUUCCUGACUGGAAGGAGCAGGACUGGGAUUUGAACCACUCUGAGGGCUACGCGGGAAUUUUCCACUUUCAGUUUUGGGUCUUUGGAAAGUGGGUGGAUGUGGUGGUGGACGACCGGCUGCCCACCAUCAACGGGGAGCUCAUCUACUGUCACUCCAAGACGCGCAACGAGUUCUGGAGUGCGCUGCUGGAGAAGGCCUACGCCAAGCUCGCCGGCUGCUACGAAGCUCUGGAGGGAGGGAACACCGGUGACGCCGUGGUGGAUUUCAGUGGCGCUGUGGUUGAAGCCAUCAACCUGGAAGAAGCUGCUUAUUACAAAGACAAGGAAAAGCAGGACCGGCUGUUCGCGGAUCUGCUGCAGGUCUACGAGCGCGGAGGGAUCAUAAGCAGCUCCAUCAAGGCGCAGCCCCAUGAAAUCGAGCUGAAGAUGGCGAACGGGCUGGUGAAAGGCCACGCCUACUCGGUGACCGCGGUGAAGAGGGUGCGCUUGGGUCACGGGCUGAUUGCCUUCUUCAAGAAUGAGACCAUCCCUCUGAUCCGCCUCAGGAACCCGUGGGGCAAGAUCGAGUGGAAAGGAGCCUGGAGCGACAGCUCUGAGGAGUGGACAAAGGUCGGCGAUACAGAGAGGAAGAACCUGGGCAUCACAGUGGAGGACGAUGGGGAGUUCUGGAUGUCGUUCACGGACUGGUGCAAGUUCUUCACCGACGUGGACGUGUGCCGCCUGGUGAACACGUCCGUGAUCAGCGUCCAGAAGACGUGGCACGAGGCCGUCCACUUCGGGAGCUGGAACAAAAACGCCGACCCGCUGCUGAACCGCUGCGGCGGCUGCGCCAACUACAGGCCCACGUUCCUGCAGAACCCACAGUAUUUGUUUGACAUUAAAAAUGAAACGGAGGAGGCCCUGAUCUCCUUACAACAGCGAGACUUGAAGAUCUACCGAAAAGAAGGUCGUGGAGAAAAUCUGAGCAUUGGCUUUGGUGUCUUCAGGGUGGAGUUGAACAGGAAGUAUCGCAUGCAUGACAUCCUCACCCAGGAUUGUGUGGCAACCUCCACCUACAUCAACUCCCGGACGGUGUUCAUGAGGUGCACACUGCACCGGGGCCGCUACAUCAUCAUCCCCACCACCUUCAAGCCCGAGACGCUGGGGGACUACAUGAUCCGCGUGUACACUGAGGCCGAGUCGGACUGCAGGGAGCUGAUACAGGAUAAACCCAGAGUCAGAUGCUGGAGUUCAUUUGUUGGAUACCCACAAGCUGUGACUCACGUCUAUGUCCUCGGAGCUGAGAGGCUGCAGAAUCAGGACAAGACAGGAGGUGCAGACCCCUAUGUGAUCAUAUACUGUGAGGGAAAGUCAGUGCAAUCCACCAUCAAGAAGGACACCUUGCAGCCAGAGUUUAAGACCAGCGGCAUCUUCUACAGGAAGAAGCCUGCAAAGCCCAUUACUGUGGAGAUUUGGAACAGUAACGCUGUGCAGGAUGAAUUCAUGGGCCAGGUGGUGCUGCCCGGCUCAGUGAACGACACCAGCAGCCCCCAGAGGCUCCAGCUGAGGAAGCGAGGCCAGGCGGGUGGAGACAUGCCCGGCACCAUCAGCCUGAAGAUCGUCACUUCCACGCAGCUGACCGCCAUGUGACCUGGGAGCGAGCGCCGUCCUUCGCAGCGCUCAACUGUGCAGCGAACGUCUCAGUACAUAGACAAUGGACCGAACCCAUCAGCAGCAUCAGUCUGCUUCCUAGCGUUACACAUUUACCGUUACUACAGGAUGGUGAAUUACUGGCAGUGCUCGAGAGUCACUCCCUGUUGUUUUUAAAUACCUCUAAAAUAUUUCUUUGCAUAAUUUAUAAGAUGUUUUAUAUUGAAGAUAUCAUUAUUUCUCUUAAAAGCUACCCUCACAAACUGUGAGCCACGGCAUCAAUUUGUCAAUUAAAUAAAACACACACUACAUAUACACUGAAUAAAUGAGCGUCUUCAUAUUAAUGAACUCUCAUGAUUAUUGAUUAAACACCAAAUAGAAAUUCAAACACAAUCUAAAAGCCACAAUAACCCACAGGCAUCGCCACGACUUGGGUUUUCUUCCGCUUUUUAUUUCCGUCCAGUUCCCAAACUGCAAUAUUUUUUUUACACUCAAGACACAGCCAUGCACAAUUCAAAGUUCAAAAAGUCUAUUGCUUCAACCACAAUUAAAAAUAGUUUAUCCAAAACCUCA